AUGUAUUUCGACUUAGACAAAGAUUACUCAUUAAUUGAUACAUCAGUUUUACCAAAUGAUAUAUUUACACGUAUAGAUGAUGGUUUUUUUUCUAUUGUUAAAGUAUUAGCAGGUGAUUCUGUAUUCAAUAUUUUACGAAUACAACUAAUUAAUUCGGAAAGAAAACUAUUAAAUACACCUGAUGUGUUUGCAUUUUUUCAAAUCGAAUCGGAAGAAACGAACACAAUAAAAGCUGAAUCUUGUUUUAAAUCUAAGACUGGACAAUAUGUUGUUAAACCCAGUAUUCAAACCGGUUUAUCAUAUUUAAUCAAAUUAUUAAAAUAG